CUAAAUCCCGCAUAAGUAAAGACAAAGAAGAAGAGAGAGACUAUACAGAGCCGCUUCGAGACGGCCGCUACGAAACAUUUUCUCUAGCCGGCUAAUUUUUCCUCUCUCUGCCUUCUUAAACAGAAACAAACUCUCUCUUCUGCUUCGUCGUUCCUUUUCAUUUCUUCUCUGCAACUAUAUAUCGCCUUCUCUGCACUUCUUCCGACGUACUAAACUUCUUAACACCAUUGUCAAUGGCGAAGAUCUCACAGCAAAGCCGAAGAAACACUGCAAAUUCUACUAACACAAAUCCUACAUCAACAUCAACUAAGCCUAAACGGACAAGAAAAACUGUGCCUAGAGACUCUCCUCCGCAGCGUAGCUCCGUUUACCGUGGAGUUACAAGACACCGGUGGACGGGACGGUAUGAGGCUCAUUUGUGGGAUAAGAAUUGCUGGAAUGAAUCGCAGAAUAAGAAAGGAAGACAAGUGUAUCUAGGUGCAUAUGAUGAUGAAGAAGCCGCAGCACAUGCUUAUGACUUGGCAGCAUUGAAGUACUGGGGACAGGAGACCAUCCUUAAUUUCCCAUUGGCAACUUACCAGGAAGAGCUCAAAGAGAUGGAAGGUCAGUCAAAGGAAGAGUACAUUGGAUCCCUAAGAAGGAAGAGCAGUGGAUUUUCCCGUGGGGUAUCAAAAUAUAGAGGUGUAGCAAGACACCAUCACAAUGGAAGAUGGGAGGCUCGAAUUGGCAGAGUAUUUGGUAACAAAUACCUCUAUCUUGGAACUUAUGCCACUCAAGAAGAGGCGGCCACAGCUUAUGACAUGGCAGCUAUUGAGUACCGUGGACUCAACGCCGUUACAAACUUUGACCUUAGCCGUUACAUCAAAUGGCUACGUCCAAAUAGUUCUCAACAAAGCCCUAACAGUGCUGCCGAUGCUAAUUUAAUACCGAAUCCUACUCAAGAGCUUGGAUUAAGUUUCACAUCUCACCAACAAAGCUCAAACUCUACGGAAACCACCGUGCCUCCGCCAUGGCCGAACGGCCGCACUGGUGGAUCAGCAUCAUCUGCAUUAGGGCUUCUAUUGCAAUCCUCAAAGUUCAAGGAAAUGCUAGAGAGAACUUCGGCUGGCGAUUGCCCUUUGACACCACCAGAGUCCGAACCACGGACUCCACCAAGCCGGAGCUUCCCUGAUGACAUUCAAACAUACUUCGAAUGUGAAGACUCCGGUAGCUUUGCAAUCAGCGAUGAUGACAUUAUUUUUGGAGACCUAAACACAUUUGCUUCACCAAUUUUUGAUCAGUGCUGCGAAUUUGUUGGUUGAAGAACUAUGCAAGUAACUGGUCAAAUAAGUAGUUGGUUGAAGAACUUGAUGGAGGUAAGGAUGGUGACAGGAGAUGAUGAAAAAUGGUAAGAGUACAGAGACAAUUUACAAUAUUCUUUUCUUUUCUUUUUUCUUUUUUUCUUUUUUUUUUUCUUUUGAAGAUACGUGCUUCUCUUCUUUCCUUAAAUUAAAAAUAUGGAAAGAAAAUAGUUUAUUAAUUUUUUUUUUCUCAAUUUACAUGUAGAUAUAGUGGAAAAAUAGACAUUCAUUUAUCAGUUAUUGAUUUUACUUAAUUAAUAAGAAGAAUUGGCAAGUUUAUUUUAUUAA